GUUAAACCUAAUAUACCCUCUAGAGAAACAUGGGGUGACCUCUCCUGCACCAUCUCGCAGGACCGCGUCAUCACCACGUUUCAAAAACCCUUCCCUAUCUCCGCGGCAUCAAAGACCGAAAGUGAACGUCAGGCUUGGAAAUGGACCCGGGAGAAUGAUCCAGGAUAUAUAUUCAAUACGGCGCUUUGA